AUGCCAGGGUGCUUUAGUAAAUUGGCCACCGGUUUUACGCAGAGCAACGCUGUUAUCAGUGAUAGUUUGCGUUAGUCGCCGUGGGGACCACUGCUUCGUCAGUUCUGUCAAAUUAAACUGAUUGUAGGUCUGCAUAACUGUGAGCACCGUUGACACGAUUUGGAAUCCCCGCUCAAUCAUCGCUUUUAGCCAGGAGUGUUUCGAACAGCUUCAGAGAGUAAGGGCUUCAGUCAUCGAUGCUUUGUUUCGCGUCUGCUAAAAUCUGCGAGCCGUGUGACCGUCUGCUACUGGAGCGCACGGGCAAGGAAUUUGUUGCAUCACUGCAAUCUAGACAUUAAAACUCACAUGCGGCGCUCUGUGCUUGCCCGUUCUGAUUUAUGGCGGUGACUUGAAUUAUGCCACUGAGGUAUCAGAGGAGUGGAUUCUUCAAGUUAUUACAUAUCGCCUUGGACCAUACAUCUACCAUUUGCUAUUUGGUUGUUUUCCGUUCAUUCUCCACGCUCACAUACACACCCACUGAGACUCAAAGGGUGGAGGUGGAGGAGGAAGAAGGAUGUAAUUAAACACGGAAGUAGUGGAAGACGGAGCAUGCUGUUGCUGAUUGCGUAUCGCACCAUACCAGCUUGACUGAAAGCCGGCCUUCUAGUGGCCAUUGCGUGUGUCAUCGGCGUCAGCAACAACUGAUACACUCUGUUGACUUGGACUUUAUAUACAGUGUCAAAGCGUUGUAGGACAUCGUGAAGGUACAGAUCGCCAACAUGCCGGUUGCAUCGUCAAGCUCUGACUCUGCCAUGCAUCAGGUCAUGGACACCCUGAGUGACAGCACCAGCUCCACUACGGCCAACGACCUUGACCUCAUAUUCCUCAAGGGCAUCAUGGAGAGUCCAGUGGCCCACGAACACUACGAGGAGCCAAAGCUGGAGGCAGUGCGCGAGAACAACGUGGAGCUGCUGCAGGACAUCCUGAGAGACCUCACACCCCUCACAGACCACAGCACUGCGGCCGACGAGCUGGCACGCAUCCUCAAGGAGCCACACUUUCAGUCCUUACUGGAGACACAUGAUUCGGUGGCGUCCAAGACCUACGAGACCCCGCCCCCCAGCCCCUGUGCCUUCAUGGACCACUCCAUGAACAACCAGCCCGUGCCCCCUGACGCCGUCCGCAUGGUGGGCAUCAGGAAGGUGUGCGGGGAGCAUCUGGGCGUGACCUUCCGCGUGGAGGGAGGGGAGCUGGUGAUCGCUCGUAUCCUGCACGGGGGCAUGAUCGACCAGCAGGGCCUGCUGCACGUGGGGGACAUCAUCAAGGAGGUGAACGGGCGGGAGGUGGGCUCGGAGCCGCGAGUGCUCCAGGACAUGCUGAAGGAGUCCACGGGCAGCGUGGUGCUCAAGAUACUCCCCAGCUACCAGGAGCCACACACACCCCGCCAGGCGUAUGUGAAGUGCCACUUUGACUAUGACCCCGCCCACGACAACCUCAUUCCCUGUAAGGAGGCGGGGCUUCUGUUCAGCAGUGGAGACGUCCUGCAGAUCUUCAACCAGGAAGACCUCAACUGGUGGCAGGCGUGUCACCAGAACGGGGGCAGCGCUGGCCUCAUUCCAAGCCAGGUGCUGGAGGAGAAGAGGAAAGCCUUCGUGAAGAGGGACCUGGAGCUUACCACAACAGGACCCCUGUGUGCAGGUAUGGGGGGAAAGAAGAAGAAGAAGAUGAUGUACCUGACCACCAAAAACGCAGAGUUUGACCGUCAUGAGCUACGGAUCUAUGAGGAGGUGGCGAAGGUUCCUCCGUUCCGCAGGAAGACUUUGGUUCUAAUCGGAGCACAAGGCGUGGGGCGCAGGAGCCUGAAGAACAAGCUGUUGGUGUCGGACCCCCAGCGCUACGCAACCACCACACCCUACACAUGCCGCAAGCCCAAGGUGGGGGAGAAGGACGGGCAGAUGUACCUGUUCAUGAUGCGCAGCGAGAUGGAGUACGACAUCAAGAGCGGCCGCUUCCUCGAGCACGGCGAGUACGACCAGAACCUCUACGGCACCAAGAUCAACUCCAUCCACGAGGUCAUCGACUCCGGAAAGAUCUGCAUCCUGGACGUCAACCCACAGGCACUGAAGGUUCUGCGGACAUCAGAGUUCCUACCUUACGUUGUGUUCAUCGAGGCGCCGGACUUUGAGGUUCUGAAGGCCAUGAACCGAUCGGCCAUUGAAUCAGGAGUGGUGAACAAACAGCUUACGGACUCUGAGUUGAAGAGGACAGUGGAUGAGAGUGAGAGGAUAAAGAGAGCGUACGGACACUACUUUGAUUACACCAUCGUCAAUGACAAUCUGGAGGGUGCCUACCGCAGCCUGAGGGUGGCGCUAGAGAGACUCAUGUCAGAGUACCAGUGGGUGCCCGUCAGCUGGGUCUUUUAAGACUGAAAGAGACCUGGGACAGAGAGAGAGGGGGAGAGGGAGGAGGGAUGCAGAAGAGGAGAGAGAUGGAUGGAUGAUGGAGAGAGAGAGAGAGAGGUUAGAAUAGGGAUCCAGAGACCAAGGCUUUUAUGAUGUGUACAGAAGGAGAGAGAAAGAGGGCUGAAGAAGGAGAGAGAGAGAGAGAGAGAGAGAGAGAGAGAGAGAAUGAUAUGGCCUCCAAAAACGCCAUUCCACCAGGCCGAAAGCCCUCUUAUAGGCCAGUUUCAAUGCCACUCACCCGACCCUACCGGCUUCCCAUUGGCUGUCUCUUGGGAGGGUGGUGCCAGUUAUCAUUGACUGGUUUAAGAGGAAAUCACAGAGAUGUGUGGCAGAAACUGCAGAAGUGAUGACACAUUCAGUGUGUGUGUGUGUG